AUGGAAAUCCACGUGCUAAAGUGGGGGCGGGCAUUCAAUUCCUCCCAUUGCAAUAGAAAAAUUAUUGGAGCUCGAUACUUCUACAAAGGCUACGAAAAGCACCACCAGAUUAACAAAACCUUGGAAUACAAAUCGCCAAGAGACAACGAUGGGCAUGGCACUCAUACAGCUUCCACUGCUGGAGGGACCGCAGUUCCAGGAACCAGUUUCUUCGGCUUUGCCAAUGGGACGGCCAGAGGGAUGGCCCCUCAAGUGAGACUGGCCAUCUAUAAAGCCUGCUGGGAAGAAGGUUGCUCUGAUGCAGAUACGGUUGCUGCCAUGGAACAAGAGAUUUCUGACGGCGUCAACAUUAUUUCUAUCUCAAUUAGUUCACGAGAUAGGGCAUUUUACAAAGAUAACAGAGCUAUUGCAACAUUUGGGGCCAUUGAAAAAGGGUGUUUUUGUUUUUGUUUUUUUGGCUCGGCAGUGGGCUCCAGCAGCAUCGAUAGAGAUUUCCCAGCAUCCGUUGUUCUGGGCAACCAAGAGAUGUACAAAGGCAUUUCCACUUACAGCCUUCUAGAAGAUGCCACCUUGCAACAGCCUCCGCCAUUGGUUUAUGUAUCCACCAACAUCAGCACAAGCCGUUGCCGAGCUGGCAGCCUUGAUCCCAAUUUGGUUAAGGGCAAAAUUGUGGUCUGUGAUUGA